AUUGGGAAACGGCGAGAUGCAGAAGGCAACCUUCUACGACAGCUCCGCAAUUUACAGUGGCUACCCGUAUCAAAGCGCAAAUGGCUUCAGUUAUGAUGCCAAUCAGGUCCAAUAUCCCCGGGCCUCUCAUGUGGAAAGUGAGUACCAUCGACCAGCCUGCUCCUUGCAGUCCCCAGACGGCUUGGUCGCCCUGCAGAAGCCGGGGGAGAUGGCGGAGAACUGCGACAGGGGUACGGCCAUCCAGGCAGCGCAGCCACCCGUCCUCACUGAAAGCAAUCAACCGCAGAUGUCGGUGUCUGUCCCACCACCCCCUCCCCAGUCACAGUCCCCCGGUUCUCUCAACCAGAACACGAGCAACGGCUCCUGUCAACCCAACUCAAAGAGCUCGGUGCACAGCUCGCCGACCACCACCCGGAAGCACAUCUUCCCCUGGAUGAAAGAGUCCCGUCAGAACCAGAAGCCUAAAACCAGUAGCUCCAGCUCAGUUGAGAGUUGCCCUGGAGACAAGAGCCCCCCGGGCGGGUCAGCCGCGUCGAAGAGAGCCCGGACGGCUUAUACCAGCGCACAGCUGGUGGAGCUGGAGAAGGAGUUCCACUUCAACCGUUACCUCUGCAGACCCCGCAGGGUCGAGAUGGCCAACCUGCUCAACCUCACGGAGMGGCAGAUUAAGAUCUGGUUCCAGAACCGCAGGAUGAAGUACAAAAAGGAUCAGAARGGGUGYGGCAUGAUGCCCUCUCCCGGRGGACAGUCCCCUCGGAGCCCCCUCGGUCCAUCUCCCGGAGGCGGGGGUGGAGGAUACCUCAACUCUAUGCAUUCUCUGGUUAACAGUGUCCCCUAUGAGUCCCAGUCGCCAACGUCUUACAAUAAGCCCGCUCAUAAUGCAUACGGUAUGCCUACGUCAUAUCCCCCUCCCUUGAACAGCUCCCUAAACAACUGCCCGCCCUCUCAGAAGAGGUAUCCCGGGACUGGCGGCUCGGCCACGCCCGAAUAUGACGCGCAUCCUCUCCAAGGAAAUGGCGGCUAUGGGACGCACUUGCAGCAGGUCAGCCCUGUGUAUGUAGGCGGAGGUUACAUCGAUUCGAUGCCCAACAACAGGGCCUCCGUUUUCGGCCUGACCCAUCUCUCGCACACGCCGUCCACAAACAUGGACUACAAUGGAGCAAUCACUAUGGGCAAUAGUCACCAUCAAAGAGUGUGCGAUCCAAAUCCGACGUACACAGACCUUAAUACGCCGCACUACUCUCAGGGAAGAAUUCAGGAAGCGCCCAAACUGACACAUCUGUAGCCGGGUUGCACCCUGGAUCACUCCGCCCCAUUGUCUUACCUGACGAACCACCAUCGCUUUGUUUCUUCUCUUCUUUAGUAGCUUUUUCCACCUUCUCUUUGUUCUAGGUUAUGUUUGUUCUUUUUUUAUAUAGUUUAAUGUGUGAAGUAGCAUAGGAAAGUAAUCACGCUUGCUUCAAAUGUUCUCUCUAUUUGCUAUAGUGUUAUUGUUCCGCACAGACCUAUUAUCUGAGACAACACGCGCGGGGGCACAUACGCAUAGACCUAUUUAAUCUUUAACUUGUUUCUAUAAACAAAUCAAACAGGGUAUAUGAACAAAUCUUAUGGUAUUAUUUUAAUGUGAAUGUGUUAGUUUUUUGGUAUUUAUCCGCAGUUGAAGAUUUGUUUUGUGUUAUUGUUUUGCAUUUUGUUGCACUUGUGGAAGGAUCCUUAAAAAAGGGUGGCCUGGAAGCUCCAGCCUACGAUCUAACCAGCUUGUGUUCUGUUGGACUUUCAAAAUGUUAUUUAUUUAUAUGACGUUAUAUGGAGUUCUUUAGUAUUAUUUGACCCCCCUGUGCUCUUUGUAUGUGGAGAGAAGGCUGUUGGAACCAGGCCUAGGCUCUAGUUCUAUCCCUUACCUGACAGCAGACAGACGACAAAGAGACAGACAGACACGACACUCAGCAGCACACUGAUAUGUUGGUGUUAUUUUUUUCUUCUUCGAGGAGGUAUUUUAUUUCUCUACGAAUGCAAAUCAACCAGUCACGCUUGGAAGGACGGACAGAUAUUAGACGUUUCUUUAUUGAACAAAUAUUCUAGAUAUCACCAAGUUUCUGUUUCAAUGUCAUACAUUCCAUGCUGCUCCAGUUCGAAUAAAUAAAGAAAUGAAUUUAAAUAUA